ACGGACACUUUCAGCUUUUGUUGUGAACUCUGGAGAGCUGGUAUUGGCCAGUGCUGGUACAAAGGUUUCACUGAUGCUAAAGACCAAGUUGAAUGCUGCAGCUGGUAUAGAAGUGUUUGUAGACGUGUUUGCUGAAGUGGUGUUUGUUGAAGAGGUGUUUGUUGAAGUCGUGUUCGUUGAAGUCGUGUUCGUUGAAGUCGUGUUUGUUGAAGAGGUGUUUGUAGACGUGCUCGGAAUUGAAGACGUGUUUGUUGAAGUCGUGUUUGUUGAAGACGUGUUUGUUGAAGACGUGUUUGUAGACGUGCUCGGGGUUGAAGACGUGUUUGUUGAAGUUGUGUUUGUUGAAGUUGUGUUUGUUGAAGAGGUGUUUGUUGAAGAGGUGUUUGUUGAAGAGGUGUUUGUUGAAGAGGUGUUUGUAGACGUGCUAGGGGUUGAAGACGUGUUUGUUGAAGUCGUGUUUGUUGAAGAGGUGUUUGUUGAAGAGGUGUUUGUAGAUGAAGAUGUGUUUGUUGAAGAGGUGUUUGUAGACGUGCUAGGGGUUGAAGACGUGUUUGUUGAAGUCGUGUUUGUUGAAGAGGUGUUUGUAGACGUGCUCGGGGUUGAAGACGUGUUCGUUGAAGUUGUGUUUGUUGAAGUCGUGUUUGUAGAUGAAGACGUAUUUGUUGAAGAGGUGUUUGUAGACGUGCUCGGGGUUGAGGACGUGUUUGUUGAAGUCGUGUUUGUUGAAGAGGUGUUUGUAGACGUGCUCGGGGUUGAAGACGUGUUUGUUGAAGUUGUGUUUGUAGAUGAAGACGUAUUUGUUGAAGAGGUGUUUGUAGACGUGCUCGGGGUUGAAGAGGUGUUUGUUGAAGUCGUGUUCGUUGAAGUCGUGUUUGUUGAAGAGGUGUUUGUUGAAGUCGUGUUCGUUGAAGUCGUGUUUGUUGAAGAGGUGUUUGUUGAAGACGUGUUUGUUGAAGUGGUGUUUGUUGAAGAGGUUUCUGGAGACGUGCUCGAGUUUGAAGUGGUGUUUGUUGAAGUGGUGUUUGUUGACGACGUGUUUGUUGAAGUCGUGUUUGUUGAAUUUGUGUUUGUUGAAGUCGUGUUUGUUGAAGUCAUGUUUGUUGAAGUCGUGUUUGUUGAAGAGGUUUCUGGAGACGUGCUUGAGUUUGAAGUCACGUUUGUUGAAGUCGUGUCUGUUGAUGACGUGUUUGUAGACGAGGUUUCUGGAGACGUGCUCGGGGUUGAAGAGGUGUUUGUUGAAGUCAUGUUUGUUGAAGUUGUGUUUGUUGAAGUCGUGUUUGUAGACGUGCUCGAGGUUGAAGUCGUGUUUGUUGAAGAGGUGUUUGUUAAAGAGGUGUUUGUAGACGUGCUCGAGUUUGAAGUAUUGUUUGUUGAAGUGGUGUUUGUUGAAGUGGUGUUUGUUGAAGAGGUGUUUGUAGACGUGCUCGAAUUUGAAGACGUGUUUGUUGACGUUGUGUUUGUUGAAGUGGUGUUUGUUGAAGAGAUUUCUGGAGACGUGCUCGAGUUUGAAGUCAUGUUUGUUGAAGUCGUGUCUGUUGACGACGUGUUUGUUGAAGAGGUGUCUGGAGACGUGCUCGGGGUUGAAGAGGUGUUUGUUGAAGACAUGUUUGUUGACGUGGUGUUUGUUGAAGUGGUGUUUGUAGAAGUGGUUUCUGGAGACGUGCUCGAGUUCGAAGUCGUGUUUGUUGAAGUCAUGUUUGUUGAAGAGGUGUUUGUUGAAGUCAUGUUUGUUGAAGUGGUGUUUGUUGAAGUCGUGUUUGUUGAAGUCGUGUUUGUUGAAGAGGUUUCUAGAGACGUGCUCGAGUUUGAAGUGGUGUUUGUUGAAGUGGUGUUUGUUGAAGUGGUGUUUGUUGAAGAGGUUUCUGGAGAUGUGCUCGAGUUUGAAGUGGUGUUUGUUGAAGUCGUGUUCGUUGAAGUCGUGUUUGUUGAAGAGGUGUUUGGAGACGUGCUCGAGUUUGAAGUAUUGUUUGUUGAAGACGUGUUUGUUGAAGUCGUGUUUGUUGAAGAGGUUUCUAGAGACGUGCUCGAGUUUGAAGUGGUGUUUGUUGAAGUCGUGAUUGUUGAAGAGGUAUUUGUAGACGUGCUUGGGGUUGAAGAAGUGUUUGUUGAAGUCAUGUUUGUUGAAGAGGUUUCUGGAGACGUGCUUGAGUUUGAAGUCAUGUUUGUUGAAGUCGUGUCUUUUGACGACGUGUUUGUAGAAGAGGUGUUUGUAGACGUGCUCGAAUUUGAAGACGUGUUUGUUGAUGACGUGUUUGUUGACGACGUGUUUGUUGAAGUCGUGUUUGUUGAAGACGUUUCUGGAGACGUGCUCGAGUUUGAAGUGGUGUUUGUUGAAGUGGUGUUUGUUGAAGAGGUUUCUGGAGACGUGCUCGAGUUUGAAGUCGUGUUUGUUGAAGUUGUGUUUGUUGAAGAGGUAUUUGUAGACAUGCUUGGGGUUGAAGACGUGUUUGUUGAAGUCGUGUUUGUUGAAGAGGUUUCUGGAGACGUGCUCGAGUUUGAAGUGGUGUUUGUUGAAGUCGUGUCUGUUGACGACGUGUUUGUAGAAGAGGUGUUUGUAGACGUGCUCGAGUUUGAAGACGUGUUUGUUGACGACGUGUUUGUUGAAGAGGUUUCUGAAGACGUGCUCGAGUUUGAAGUCAUGUUUGUUGAAGUCGUGUCUGUUGACGACGUGUUUGUAGAAGAGGUGUUUGUAGACGUGCUCGAGUUUGAAGACGUGUUUGUUGACGACGUGUUUGUUGAAGAGGUGUCUGGAGACGUGCUCGAGUUUGAAGACGUGUUUGUUGAAGUGGUGUUUGUUGAAGAGGUUUCUGGAGACGUGCUCGAGUUUGAAGUCAUGUUUGUUGAAGUCGUAUCUGUUGACGACGUGUUUGUAGAAGAGGUGUUUGUAGACGUGCUCGAGUUUGAAGACGUGUUUGUUGACGACGUGUUUGUUGAAGAGGUGUCUGGAGACGUGCUCGAGUUUGAAGUAUUGUUUGUUGAAGACGUGUUUGUUGAAGUCGUGUUUGUUGAAGAGGUUUCUAGAGACGUGCUCAAGUUUGAAGUGGUGUUUGUUGAAGUGGUGUUUGUUGAAGAGGUUUCUGGAGACGUGCUCGAGUUUGAAGUAUUGUUUGUUGAAGACGUGUUUGUUGAAGUCGUGUUUGUUGAAGAGGUUUCUAGAGACGUGCUCGAGUUUGAAGAGGUGUUUGUUGAAGAGGUGUUUGUUGAAGAGGUUUCUGGAGACGUGCUCGAGUUUGAAGUGGUGUUUGUUGAAGUCAUGUUUGUUGAAGAGGUAUUUGCAGACAUGCUUGGGGUUGAAGAAGUGUUUGUUGAAGUCAUGUUUGUUGAAGAGGUUUCUGGAGACGUGCUUGAGUUUGAAGUGGUGUUUGUUGAAGUGGUGUUUGUUGAAGAGGUUUCUGGAGACGUGCUCGAGUUUGAAGUGGUGUUUGUUGAAGUGGUAUUUGUUGAAGAGGUUUCUGGUGACGUGCUCGAGUUUGAAGUGGUGUUUGUUGAAGUGGUGUUUGUUGAAGAGGUUUCUAGAGACGUGCUCGAGUUUGAAGUGGUGUUUGUUGAAGUGGUGUUUGUUGAAGAGGUAUUUGCAGACAUGCUUGGGGUUGAAGAAGUGUUUGUUGAAGUCGUGUUUGUUGAAGAGGUUUCUGGAGACGUGCUUGAGUUUGAAGUCAUGUUUGUUGAAGUCGUGUCUGUUGAUGACGUGUUUGUAGAAGAGGUGUUUGUAGACGUGCUCGAGUUUGAAGACGUGUUUGUUGACGACGUGUUUGUUGAAGAGGUGUCUGGAGACGUGCUCGAGUUUGAAGACGUGUUUGUUGAAGACGUGUUUGUUGAAGUCGUGUUUGUUGAAGUCGUGUUUCUUGAAGAGGUUUCUAGAGACGUGCUCGAGUUUGAAGUGGUGUUUGUUGAAGUCAUGUUUGUUGAAGAGUUAUUUGCAGACAUGCUUGGGGUUGAAGAAGUGUUUGUUGAAGUCGUGUUUGUUGAAGAGGUUUCUGGAGACGUGCUUGAGUUUGAAGUCAUGUUUGUUGAAGUCGUGUCUGUUGACGACGUGUUUGUAGAAGAGGUGUCUGGAGACGUGCUCGAGUUUGAAGACGUGUUUGUUGAUGAUGUGUUUGUUGACGACGUGUUUGUUGAAGUCGUGUUUGUUGAAGAGGUUUCUGGGGACGUGCUCGAGGUUGAAGUGGUGUUUGUUGAAGUCGUGAUUGUUGAAGAGGUUUCUGGAGACGUGCUCAAGUUUGAAGUCAUGUUUGUUGAAGUCGUGUCUGUUGACGACGUGUUUGUAGAAGAGGUGUCUGGAGACGUGCUCGAGUUUGAAGACGUGUUUGUUGAUGACAUGUUUGUUGAAGACGUGUCUGGAGACGUGCUCGAGUUUGAAUUCGUGUUGGGUGAAGUGGUGUUUGUUGAAGUGGUGUUUGUUGAAGUGGUGUUUGUUGAAGUGUUUGUUGAAGAGGUGUUUGUCACUAUUAAUUGA